UUUCCCUUUACCUCCACUCUUCUUUUGUCUCUUCGGUCAUCUGUGUUUCUGCCUUUGCAAUCCUGCUGUUUAUACCCUUGGCCCGAACACUCAAGCAGUGGAGGUCCUUUUGGAUCCGUCCCAAUACUCGCGAGCAACAAUGAGCAGUUCUGACCUGAUAGUCAGAGCGACAUUGUAUUAAUAUCACUACGGUGGGGCCUAUAUUGCCAUGUCACCCCGCCAAAAUUUCAAGUCGCAGUCAGCCAUUCUUGUCACCGAGACCUCCUUCGGUCAAGCUAAGCCAGUCACGUAGUCGACAAUUCCUGGCUGUUCAUGAAUCAACAAUGGGCUCUAGUACAAAAAAGAAGAAGGAAAAGAAGAAGGACUUCCAGAAAGCAAAGCUGAAGGUCGGAAAGGCCAAGGCCAAGGCCGCCAAUUUCACCGACACAAGUUUCAAGUCCAAAUCAAUUGUCGUCAACCAGCAGACUCUUGUCACAGACGGCUCAGAUCCAGUCGAGCAGUUCAAGCAGAAUCUGUCGCUGGCCAUCAAUGCAAAGUCCGACAAUCAACGACGUGAUGCGCUGGCCUACAUCACCAACCAGCUUUCGGCCACCCCCCCAAAUGACCCCGUCGGGACUUCAGGAGUUCUGACAAAGCUACUGCCCCUCCUAUCAAAUAGUUCGGCAUUGGUGCGCACCCAGCUCCUCAAGCUGUUCAGGGUCUUGCCGCCAGCAGAGGUGGGGCCCAAUGUCGAAAAGAUCCUCAUGUACAUCCGGGGUGGCAUGACACACCUGUCAAACGACAUCCGCAACGACACUCUCAACAUCCUGGAGUGGCUCCUCGAGGUUGCCGGCGACGAAGUCGUGUCCUGUCCCGGGGGUUGGCUGAAGACGCUGAACAGCUUCAGCUCCAUGCUGGGCUGGAAUCCAAGUGUUGGAUCUGCCACGAGCAGCAAGGGCUGGACAUUAGCGCCGAAGGCGACGCUCGGGUCCAAGAAGGGUCCUGAAGCACAGGCGAGGCAGAUCCAGGUCCUGGCAAAAUUCCUGCAGACAGGAUUUCGGGCAGAGGCGCCACUCCCCCAUAACCCGAUGGCAUAUUGGGACAACAUCUACCGUCUUCCGGAGACGCCUAAUCCUUUUGCAUAUCUGAAUCUCUUUGGAACACCAAGAGACGAGGAUAGCGAGAUGUAUCCCGACCGCAUCUCGCGACAGCGCAUUUUUGAUGCGAAAUGGAGACCUGCCAUCUCCGCCGGCAUGGAAAGCGCGAAAAAGGAGGGCGGUACCGUCGGUAGGGCCGCUGCCACAUUGGAUAGGGCAUUGAGCGUCGGACUUGAGUGAGCCGAAACUGGGCAAACUGUUUUGACAUUCACGGCGUCGGCGUAUGGCUGGCUAAUGAAAUUCGGGUACAGUGGUCACAAUAUUUCAUUGUAUGUUUUGCCUUUCCUUUGAGAACCCACAAGCUAGGCAUAGGGCCUGUUUCAAGUAUAGACGUGAACAAAGCCUCAGAGCAUCGGCUACUUUCACC